UCUUUUAACCGACAGAAAUCGGUUGACAGUUGUCUAACGAAGAAGUCGGAUUUUUAUAUUUUAACGACUCAACCUUUUUUAAAUAUUUUACUCCGUGUUAUACAAGAAUUAACGAGAUUUUAAGAUGUCUGAUAGAGGACAACAACGCCUUAAGGGACCUUUUAAGGAACCAGAACGGAAAGUGCCAAUAAAAGUUUCUACAAAGACUUCAAGCCAAGAAAAUAUAAGCGCAUUAACACGUGUAAAAUCAGCUAUGGAACCAUCUCGGUGUUUAAUUAAAGCUCGCCGUCCUUUGAAUGAUGUUGGUAAUGAUAGGCAGGUUUUGGGUAAUCAAGUAUUGAAGAAAACCAACGAUGCGCAACAAAUAAAAAGCAAUCAAAUUGUUACAACGAAAAUAACAUCAUCUACAGUUAACACUAGAGUUUUGGUGGAGAAAAGAACUCAGGUUGGCGUUCGACAAAAAGUUACUACAUCAUCAGCUACAACAAAAACGAUUACCUCAACAACGGCAGUUCCAAGAAUUCAAACUUUCAAUCGACCUCAACUUCAAUCACAGAAAACUGUUGAUGUAUUGCAAGAAGUUAGAAAAAAUGAGUUGGAGAAAAAAUCUGAGGCCCCAAUUUUUGUUUCAAAUUUUGAUACAUCUGAUGAUCCUCAAAUGGUUUCGGUAUACAUCAACGAUAUUUUUGCGAACUUAAGAGAAUUGGAAUUAAGACGAAAAGAUUUGGUUAAAGGGGAAUUUCUAAAUGGACAUCGCACAAAACCGAAAAUAAGACAAGUUUUGAUUGACUGGCUAGUUGAUGUUCACAGUGAUUUUAAAUUAGCAUUAGAAACACUUCACUUAACUGUUUCAAUAAUUGAUGAAUACUUAGAGAAGCAUAAAGAAGUUGGAAAAGAAACUCUACAAUUAGUUGGUGUUUCAGCUUUAUUUAUUGCAGCAAAGUAUGAAGAUAUUUAUCCCCCAGAUUGUUCCGACUUAGGUUGUAUCUGCGAUAACGCUUUUUCAAAAAGCGAAAUUAUAAAAAUGGAACAAGAUAUUUUAAAAACGCUUAAUUUUAAUUUGACGCGAACAUAUUCGAUUCAAUUUCUUCGACGAUUUAAUCAAGUUUGCGAAGCAACCGAAGAACAGCAUUCAAUGGGAAAAUAUUUAUUGGAAUUAGCGUUACUCAGUUAUGAAACUUGCCAUAUUCGACCAUCAUUAAUCGCCGCCGCCGUUUGUUGUAUUUCUAAAAGUAUUGAGAAUCGAUUGAAAAGUGCUCGUCAAGCAUGGACGCCGGUUUUAAUUCAUUUUGCGUGUUAUAAAUACGAAGAUAUAGAAGAAACCAUCCUUAAAAUUGCCGACAUAUUGCAAAAAAAUAUUGACACUUCCCAACAAUCGAUUAAAACAAAGUACUCUUCAUCAAAAUUUAAUAAAGUCAGCGUUCACCCAAAUAUGAAUCCCAACUUUAUUAGGAAUUUAAUUGGUAGUAAUGAGACUUUCUUAAAUUAAAUUAUUAUAAAAUGUUUUUUAUACAUUUAAUAUCAUUUUAUAAUUUAUGAUUAGCGUAAUAUUUUUUAUUUAGGUAUUAUUAUUUUUAUGUAGUAAAACUUGUAUAUUAUAAACUGUAUGACAACGUGUUUGUAUGUAUUUUGAGUUAUUUAGCGUCGUUUCGUAUCGAUCAUAUUUUAAGCUACAUAUUUUUCGUAUUUCAAGCUCAAAAUGUGUUGUAUCGUUUUUUGAUUUAAGUUUUCGUGGCGAUUAGAUUUGUUUAACUGAAUUUAUAGGAAAGAUGAUUAAAUAAAGAUAUUUUUCAAAUAAAA